GUUCUUUGGCCAUCAUCGUUAAUGGAUGACCCCGACGGGAGGCGUCAAGCAUUGAACGUGACUGGCACUAACAUUCCAAUCCAGUCUCGAAAAUGAAGCCAUCAUCAAUGCUUACCGCAUCAUCGCUGCGAUGCUUGACAUACCGCAUUGCUCCUCGUCCGCGAGGAUUUCCAAGGACGCAAUGCAUCCACACCAGUUCCUCCAAGCCAGCCACUCCACUUCCCAUCACCGCACAUGGCCCUCCGCCAAAAGCUCCAUCACCUACGCCGUAUAAUGGCACGGAAAGAUUGGCACGAAGACAACAGCAAGCUGCGAUAUUAGAGCAAAGCCAAAAUUUGCGCGCCACACAGUCAAAACCUAGCAGUGCGCUCCGCAAAAGAUUCUGGAAACAUGUCUCCGUUCGGGAGACCGAGGAGGGUUUGCAAGUACUUCUUGACACCAGACCAGUCCGGACUCCUUCCAAAUCGAUUCUUACGCUUCCACACUCAAAGUCGCAACUGGCAUCUGCAAUUGCCUUAGAGUGGGAUCUGCUGAUCUCUGCUCAACAAGCUCUGAAACACCACUUCAUUCCACUAACUUCUCUCACUGCGCGAGCGAAUGAUAUUCGACAUGAUGACACGCAAGGCGAUUCGAAGAUCCGUCAAGAUAUUGUAACAAUGGUCAUGAAGUACUUGGAUACCGACACUUUGCUGUGUUGGGCACCUGAAUCUACUCACGCACAAGAGCCUGGCGCAGAGAGCUUAAGAGAUAUCCAAGCUCGUGUUGCCAAACCUAUCAUAGCAUUUCUUACUUCCCGAGUCUGGCCAGGCGUAGAGAUCAAGCCGAUUCUCGACUCGGAAAGCAUUUUACCAACUCCACAGCCCCAAGCUACACAGGAUGUCAUUCGAGGGUGGAUCACGGGCCUUUCGGCUUUCGACCUGGCUGGUCUUGAGAGAGGAGUACUUGCGAGCAAGAGUCUGCUCGUGGCGGUCAGGCUCUUGGUCGAAUGGAGUGAAGGGUUUCGGCAAUUGCCCAAGACGCAGGAUCAGCGAUUCGGCAUUGAAGAGGCCGCUGAAGCGUCGAGUCUUGAAGUCACUUGGCAGACAAAUAUGUGGGGUGAGGUCGAGGACACACACGAUGUGGACAAAGAGGAUUUGCGACGGCAAUUGGGCAGUGUUGUACUUCUGGUUAGUGGGGAGGAGAAGUGAUGAUUUCCUACUAAAUUGCCUUCGGACCGGGACAAUCGCCUGUCAUUUUUUUUUUUCGUCUUUGAGCACAUAUAGAGGGAAAUUUCAACAGGAGAAUUCUAUCUGUGGUCCAAACUUGCCGCCGAUGAAUUUCACUACCCGUUCAGCGUUGAUGGAAUCACUCACCCUCCAUCAUAAGGUCUAAUGGGUCAUUGGCUUUUCUUGGCGCUCGAUCUGUUUCUUGUGCAGAAUGCUCCAUCUGAUGGCGCCCACAUAUAUAAUGCGUAUACAAUGUACCUAUAUUGACGACAGUUUCUCUGCAUUCUAAUGCAAAGCUUCAACCGUCCACUUGUGAAAGUCAUCUUCCAGGG